AUGCGCAUACAACAACAAUAUGAAGAGCUUGCUUCUUCAUUGAUAGAAACUUUAGGGAGCGAGCAAGGAAGAGAGAAAAAAGAAAAUGGUGAGUUUAGUGGUAAAAAUAUGAGCAAUGGGAAACAUGAGGGGAGAGAAAACAAGGAAGAAUCGAGUGAAAGAAAAAUGAGUGUUUAUGCAAAAAUGAGUGACGUGAAGAAAGCAUUAACCAUGAG